GGCGCCACAGCCUGGCCGUGCUAGUCACAGCCGUCACCCACGAAGACGGGACUCAACACUUCAUCAUGAUUGCCCGGCUGGAUGAUGUUCAGAUCGCGUACUACAACAGUGACACGCGAGAGCUCAGACCCACCGAGGAGUGGGCGGCACAGGCCAUGGGCGCUGAGUAUAUCAAGGAAAAGACCCAGGAGUUCUGGGGGUUUGAGGAGGGCGCUAGAGGCGAAACCAGAUGGUUGAUGCAGCAGUACAACCAGACGGGCGGGAUUCACACUGAGCAGGUUCACGUGGGUUGUGCGCUGAGUGACCAGGCCCCCAUGGACCCGAGGUUCCAGUACGCCUACGAUGGGGGGGACUUCAUCAGCUUUGACAACCAGACCGGGACGUGGGUCGCGGCCGUGCAGCUGGCUGUCCCUGUGAAGCAGCUCUGGGAGACAGGGGACAAGUUCUGGACUCAGUUUGUCCAGCGGUACCUGCAGCACGAGUGCCUGGAGACCCUGCAGAGCCUGGUGCAGCGGGCAAGGGCGGUGCUGGAGCGACACGUACCUCCCACGGUCUCAGUUUCCCGCAGAGAUGCCCCAGACAGCUCCAUCACCCUCUCCUGCCACGCCAGGGGCUUUUACCCGCGUCCCAUCCAUGUCUCCUGGGUGCGGGACGGAGAAGACAUCCUGGCGGAGACAGACUCCAGCGGGAUCCUGCCCAACGACAUUCACUCGUACUACACGCAGUCAUCCCUGGAGAUCUCCCCGCAGCAGGAGGACGGGCACCGCUACGCCUGCCGGGUGGAGCACAGCAGCCUGGAGGAGCCUGUGCUCGUCUGGGCCCCUGGGAAGAAGGGCCCCCUGCCCCCCGGGGUCCUGGCCGCCAUCGUCCUGGCCGUGCUGGUUCUGGCUGGAGCCGUAGGGGCCGGCGUCAUCCUGUGGAGGAGAAAAUCAGCAGGCCCCAUGAAACCCGGCUACACUCCAGCAGCCACAAAGAGCGGGGAAGAUUCUGCCUCCAGCUCGUCAUCGGGAACAGACCCCCAGUGCUAGGGGCAGUGACCAUGCCCAGCUGCUGACCCCGCUGGCCAGGCGAUCUCUGUCCUCUGACUCCCCCCUGCCCCAGGGGAGAUUCCCACUUGGUCGUUAGAGCAGUUUCCUCCUGGGGGUGUUGGGCCUCAGGCUCUCGUAUUGCAGCGUUUGCGUCUCUGCUUCUGCAGCCGGGACUUUGCCUCAACUUCUCCCCAAAGGGCCGACUCA